GGUUGGAUUGACAGCUGCGCCUCAGUGUGUCCGCAGACCGAGACCGAGAGGAAAACCGAGCUAAAAUAAGCAGGUUCUGUUUCAAAUAAACGCUUUUACACGAUCUGAAACAUCUCAGGUUGUGUUAGAACCGGACAGAGAGCAUGGCAGACCGGGAGCAGCUCAUCCAGAGGGCUCGGCUCGCCGAACAGGCGGAGCGCUACGAUGACAUGGCCGCCGCCAUGAAACUGGUGACCGAGCUGAACGAGCCGCUGUCCAACGAGGACCGUAACCUGCUGUCGGUGGCGUACAAGAACGUGGUGGGCGCGCGGCGCUCCUCGUGGCGCGUCACCUCCAGCAUCGAGCAGAAGACGGCGGCGGCGGACGGCGGCGAGAAGAAGCUGGAGCUGGUGCGGGCGUACCGCGAGACCAUCGAGAAGGAGCUGGAGGGCGUGUGCCAGGACGUGCUGGCGCUGCUCGACGCCUACCUCAUCAAGAGCUGCGACGAGAGCCAGCUGGAGAGCAAGGUCUUCUACCUGAAGAUGAAGGGCGACUACCAGCGCUACCUGGCCGAGGUGGGCGCGGGCGACAGGCGCACGGCCGCCGUCGCCGCCUCCGAGGCCUCGUACAAGGAGGCCUUCGAGAUAGCCAAGAGCAUGGCGCCCACGCACCCCAUCCGCCUGGGCCUGGCGCUCAACUUCUCCGUCUUCUACUACGAGAUCCAGAACGCGCCCGAGCAGGCGUGCCAGCUGGCCAAGGAGGCCUUCGACGAGGCCAUCGGGCACCUGGACAAUCUGAACGAGGACUCCUACAAGGACUCCACGCUCAUCAUGCAGCUGCUCAGGGACAACCUGACCCUGUGGACCAGCGACCAGCAGGACAGUGAAGGAGGGGACGCUAAUAACUGAGACGCCCCCCUUCCCCCCGCCCACCCCCCCUCCCGUACGAGCGCCGUAGCUAGCCGAAUAGAUCGUCGCGUCCUCUAAACUACUCCGUCUUUCUUCUCUUCUGUCCGUGUGGUGCCGUUUCCAUUCACGCGUGUUGCGAGAGUGUCGGUCGUUCAGAGUAAAAGGUUAUAAUGCGCCCCGCUUUCGCCCCAAAAGUAUUGUGUGUGGGUGGGGGGAGGAUUUGGGAUGCGGUAGUUCUAUCCGAAGAUGAUUUAGCAGUCGCGGUGCUGGGCGAUUUGAGUACGACGCAGACUAGAAUCAUGUCAAUUCGAAUAAACGAGCGUCAGAGCGACUCCUAGCGGUCACGUAACGAAGCCGGAAUCUGUUUAUCGCGUAUUUAUGUAAGUGGAGACGAAAUAAUUUAAACUGGUGUAUUAAUAAAUGUGUUACAAUUAAA